UAUAUAUUGAUAUAAAUACCAUUACUUCUAUCGAUUAACUGCACUAAUCGGACUAAAUUGACAGUAUGCGCAUCUUCGCUUUAGUCGUCCUGUGUUUUGCGACCGCGGCAGCGGUCCCCUACAAUCCUCAUAGGCGUAUAGAUGGUACCCUUGCCAGUAUCACCCAGUACCCCAGCCUCGUCGCUCUGCUUUACGCGUACGAAUGGAGUGUGUAUAUCCAAGAAUGUGCUGGAGUCAUUGUAAACCAUCGUUCCAUCCUUACUGCUGCUCACUGUCCUUAUUUUGACGCAGUCCCGAAAUGGCGAGUCCGUGUGGGUUCUAAUUGGCCAACCAGCGGUGGACAAGUGCAUGGAGUCAAUGGAAUUAUCAUUCACCCGUUAUAUCGACCAAAUUCUUUGGACCAUGACCUCGCUCUUCUGCGUGUUAGUGCCGAUAUACACUUCGACAACUACGCUCAGCCUGCAUGGAUUCCAACCAGUAGAUACUUCGUACCAGAUAACGACCCUCUCUGGGUAGCAGGAUGGGGAGCAGACAGUUAUGGUGCACUGACCGGAUCUCAGCAGCUGCGGCACAUCCAAGUGCAAAGGAUUAACCACAUAAAUUGCAAAAACAGAUACGCAUUCCGUAAGAUACCUGUCACAGACAACAUGAUAUGCUCUGGCUGGGUGACUGGUGGUCGCGACCAAUGUCAGGGUGACUCUGGUGGCCCCGUCUACCACAAUAGUGCUGUUGUUGGUAUCUGGUCUUUUGGCUUGGAAUGCAGCCGCCCAAGUGACUUCCCCAGUGUCAACACCCUCGUUGGUCGCUACCACACUUGGAUUUUGUCUAAUUCAUAAAAAAGGGCUUAACUAAGGAAUGUAUAAAUAAAAAUAAUAACGAAUACUUAUUCUGUUUCUUGACAUAAAUAAAAUUCAUUUAUUUAAUUUCGUUUAAUAUAUUACCAAACAUUGCCAGAUCUUACAAUAAAAGUUACACACAAUACGGUCCUGGGGAUAGAAAUUAGGUUAUUUGAACAAUUUUUGUUAUACGAUUUCAAAUAACUACUACAAGUCAAUGCCUGUAAAAUUAAUUAUACAACAAAAAGUAUUGAAACAUAAAUUUCAAUACAACGUUGGGAUAGAAAGCUGUGUACGGACUCUCAUUACCCGCCAUUUUUGUAAUAAAAAAAUCAAAUUGAGAAGUAUUUUUUUUAUGUUUAGUUUACCUAUUAAGCCAUAAAUAGACACAACAAAAUAAAAUUGACAUUAUCUACCUAUUGCAAUAAAGAUUAUGUUUUAAUAAAUCAACAUUUAUGGCUAGUAACCAAAGAUAGUAAUUA